AUGCCCCGCCGCGGGGUCCGUGCGGCGCAGCGCGGUGUCCUCGGUGUCGGGGCGGCCGCCUGGCUCGUCUGGUCGCGCCUGGUCGUGGCUGCCGCCGCCUGGGCCCUGCGCGGCCUCCAGCGGCUCUUGCGGGGCGUGGCGCGGGCCGGCGGCGCGGAGCAGCCCGAGUCCUGGGAGUGCAGCGCCGACCACCGCGUCUACCGCGGCCGGGAGCCAGACCCGCAGCUCCUCACCGUGCGCACGGCGCCGCAUGCCUUCCAGCCAGCCCCUGCCCCUGCUUCUGCCCCACUGACACCCCCCUCGGUGGCCUGGCAGGUGGAUCUGGGGCGGCUGGCAGAGGAGAGUGCGUACUUCCAGGCACUGGCCCGCUCAGGGAUGCAGGAGGCCGUGGCCCGGCAGCUGGAGCUGCCUCAUGUGUCGUCAGGUGCCUUCCAUGCCAUAUUGGAGUUCGUCUUCACUGGGCACUUUGCAGUGGGCGUGGAAGAGCUGCUUUCAGCAGUACAGGCUGCUAGCUACCUGCAGGUGCCAGCCUUUCUGGCACGCUGCUGGCCAGCUCUGAAUGCCCACCUGAGCCCCCACAACUGCCUGACCCUGCUACGCUUUGCCGAGGCCAUUGGCUGUCCUGAGAUGCGGGCCGAGCUGUGCCGCUUCCUGAGCACUGAGCUGCUGGAGCUGGCGCCCAUUACCAGGGACCUGGCAUCGGUGCUGCGGGAAGAGCUUGCGCAGCUCCGGGAGUGCGGUCCCCUGCAGCUCUGCCUGCUGCGCAAGGAGAACCUGGGCAUCCAGCCUGGCCCAGAGAUGCAGGCGCUCCGUGGGCUAUACCACCUCCCGCUGGGCAGGGUGGGUACGUGGCACCGUGCCUCCACCCUGCCCUUCCAGGCCGAGAAGUGGAGCUUCAGUGCUGCCCAGCUCCUCAACUACCUCUUCCUCAUCGGUGGCUACCGAGAGCCACGCGGCACCCGGGGCUUCACCUUCCGCAUGGCCGCCUUCCGCUACAACCCUCUAGCCAACCGUUGGCAGCCCACUGCCCCACUUCUGAAGCGCCGGCGGCACUUCAGCACAGCUGUCAGGGCAGCACAUCUAUGCCAUUGGAGGCUGGUAUCUGGACUCGCUUCUGGCGCCAGACGUGAGCACAGCACUGUACGCAGCUGUGGAGCGCUACGACCCCUGGCAUGACACCUGGGCCUUCGUCUCCUCCUUGCCUCUCACCGACAUUACCUUCGCCAUCUCACUGUCCCAUGAUGUCCCGCUCUGCACGGCCCAGGCUGACUGCCUCUAUGCCCUGGGCAGUGUGCGGCGCACUGGGGAGAAGCUGCUGCUGCGCUAUGACGUUCAGGCAGGUGAGCAGGAGGCCCCAGCGUGUCCUGCUCAGUGCCCUACGACCCCCCAGCUGGCCAGUGGGCCUGGGCUCAGCCCUGGGCAGAGGGUCCCUGCCCUCCAGGUGCUGCUGAGUCUUCCCCCUUGGAGACUCCUCCCCACACCCGGGUCAUGCAGCCUUGGGCACUGGGGCAGUGACCUGCAAGGGGAUGUACAGGCCAUGCUGAGCCAGGGCUGGCUGGCCAGGGGUAGUGGCCCAAGGGCAGGGCGACUGGACACUGUGAGACUGGGGCUUGCAGGUGGGCACUGCCGGAUGCCGAGGCAAGGAACCUGCCCCUCACCUGCCCCUCAUCCUCUCUUGCAGACACGUGGCAGGAGCUGCUGCCGACGCUGACGAAGGCAGACACCGACCUGCCAGGCCUCUACUUCCUGGGGGGCUCGGAGCCACUCUAUGUGCUGGGUGGCAACGCCCGGGAGAACGUGCUAACCUCCUUCAGCCCCGAGGCACGGCGCUGGGGCCCCGCGCGCAGCCUGCCCCGGUGCGCUCUGGCGGGGCAGGGCGUGGUCCAGGGCACCCGCCUCUUCAUGGCAGCCCCGGACCUGGGCGCGGUGCUGCGGGUGGAGCUAGACACGCUGGCUUGCUGCACCCUGCCCCCGCCACCCUUCUCGCUCUUCUACGAGGCAGUCGUCCUCCUGCAUUUCCCCCCGCCUGGCCCCGACGUGAGCAGCGAGCAAGGCAGGCGGGCACACAAGCCCUGAGCCCUGCCCCAUUGCAGGGCCAAACCGUCGAGGCCGAGGGCCUCACUAGGGGUUGCUGCGCUGCUAGGCCCACUCCCACCCCCGGGGGCUGCCGCACUGCCGAGCCGGGCCAACCGCCCCCCCGCGGGACGCUGCGCUGCCGGGAGCGGGCUGGACCCGAGGAGGCGAGCGAGCUGCCUCUGGCUCGGGUACUGCCGCGGGCUCUGUCUGCCCCGUCUUGCCCCCUUAGCCCAUAGGCGCGGGGCGGGGCGGGGCUGCGCCGGGCCGGGCCGCUGCCUCCUCUGUGCCCGCCGCACCCGCCCGCUCCCCUUUCACCCGGAUUCCGCGCUAUUUAUAGGGGGCUGAGCAGGCAGCUGCUCCGGGCCUGGCCAGGGGCCAGGGCCUGCGACACCCCCUGCAGCCCCCGGACCUGCCCCCGUGCGGCUCGUAUACGGCAGGACCUUCCCCGGCUUCUGGCGCGGACUGUCCUCCUGGGUCCGUGCAGUUCUGCGCCCGGGCCGGGGCUGGACCGGCAGCGCAAUAAAGCGGCAGCGGCGGCAGCGG